GCGCACACUCACUCACACACACACACAAACACACACACACACACACACGCGCGGACCACCAUCAUCAUCCUCAUCAUCCUCGUCUCCUCACUCUGGCAUCCGAGCUAUGCGCGCCGGCUGCGGGGCGCAGACAGGACUCAGGGCCGCCGGGCGCGGACGGGACAUGUAGGUUGGACGAUGCCGGACCACCGCGUCCCGCGCUGGCUCCUCGCCGUCGUGUCGCUGUGCGCGCUGCUGCGGGCGGAGGCCAAAUCUGUCCCUUCAGAGCCGGGAGCGUUCGAGGUGCAAAUUAAAGUCCAGGUGUUUGACAGCGGCGACCUGUCCCCGCUGGCGGACGCUCACGUGCAAGUCCACGGGAAUCAAAGCGUGUUGGCGUCCAGCAGAGCCGGCAGCGACGGCGUCCUGAGGGUCAGCUUCCUGUACCGCGCCGGCACGUGGGUCAUCAUCACCGCCUCCAGACCAGACUACGUCACCAACUCCGUGCCCUGGCACUCCAGCCGCAUCCCCUUGUACGCAUCCGUCAGCCUGUACCUGCUCGUCCAGAGGCCGGGAACUCUCAUCUUGUACGAUGACGUCCUGCAGGUGCUGUCUGGGUCGCCAGGAGCUCGUAACCAGCCGCUGGUGCAGCUCCAGAGGAAAUCGCUCCAGCUGCCGUCCGACUCCAACUACACGGCGCUGUCUGCCGCCAUGACCACGGCCAGGAGUCAGUACGAGAUCGGCGGCUUCCCGUUUCUCCUGGGCCAAGAGACCAACAGCUCAGGUGCAGAAACGGGUUGGACGGACCUGACAGCCGUGGCGGUGGUCAACAUUCAGCUCUUUGACAAAGAUGGCGUCGCAAUCCAGGUCUCGGAUCCGAUCCACAUCUCUGUGCCGCUGCCGUCCGACACCCGCAACAGGGUCGCCACCAGUGUCCCCGCUUGGAUGUAUCAGCCCAAGACUGGAUUGUGGGUGAGGAACGGGACGGGCUACGUCAAAAAAGAGGGCACAGAGUUCGUGUGGAACGUGGUGGUUCCUCAGAUGGGAUACUGGCUGGCGGCCUUCCCAUCCUCUUCAGGAUUGGGUGUGUCUCACCCGGGCCUGAGGGACAUCACCACUUACCACACCCUGUUCCUGCUCUCCAUCCUGGGCUCGUUGGCCCUGCUGGUGCUCAUCCUGCUCUGCGUGCUGCUCUACUACUGCAGGUGUGGGCAGCGUAGGCGCAGGAGGAAGUGUUUGAAACCUCGUCGACAGCAGGGCAAACCCCACACUUCCAAUCUGAAUGGAGCCAAGCGGGACCAGGGUACAUCCACUUCGCGUCUGAAUCUGAUCUGCGGGGGCCAUGCCGAGUCUGGUCCGUCCAGUGACAAGUCUGACAUGACCCCGUCCCGGGACUACCAGAGUUCCAGGGAGGACUUAACCAAACACGUUCCAGCGCACAUGCUGCGACACGCCAAGGGAAAAAAUGCCUCUGCUGCCCAACGAGGUGAAAGCUUCCCAAUGAAGGUUACUCGUGCCACGGAGACCAACAACUUGGACAACCCUUUGCUGCAUGAAGACUACAACCGGAGCUACAGCCCCAUGGAAGGCAAAGAGUCUGAAUAUCACCGACACCACAAUGCCAAUGACAAUCGAGGGUACGCCUCCGAUCCGGCGUCCCCACCUCGAUUCCAGGGCUACGUGCCAAACCAGUCCGACAAACCUCCAGAGUAUUCAGCAGCAGCAGCCGACAGCCUCGCCAGACCCACCUCCCUCAACACGCAGGCAGGUCAAAUCAUCUUCUGCAGCUCCAUCGACCAGAUGAAGGAGAACAUGUACCGGAGUAUGGUGCCGACCCUGGUCAUUCCGGCCCACUACAUGCGCCUGCCCUCUGAGUUUUCUGGUAAAGAUGGAAAGGAGCAGAAGGAGCAAGAUAAGGACGGUGCACAGAUGGGAGGAGGUCAGCAGCAUCAUCAACACCACUCGGAGAAACAAGGCCAGCAGCAGCAGCAGCAGCAGCAGCAAGGUGGAUCCCAGGGUGACGACUCUGAGGACCCGAGCUGGGCGUCUGACUCCUCUGGUGGAGCGGUGACCAUCCCUGUGCUCUUCAACGACUCCACCAUGGCUCAGAUGAACGGAGAACUGCAGGCGCUGACCGAGAAGAAGCUCCUGGAGCUGGGUGUCAAACAGCACCCGCGGGCGUGGUUCAUCUCCCUGGAUGGACGAGACAACGCUCAUGUGCGCCACUCCUACAUAGAUGUCGGGAACGACCUCAGUGGCGGUCGUAUUGGAUUCGGAGGUGGUUCCGGCAUCACUCCCCGAGACAGCAACCUCGAAACGCCUCUGGAAGCCCAUGAACGAAAAUCGGCACUGAACCGGAAGGGAAAAGACGAGCGCUGGGGAACAGGAGGGCGGAAGGGCCAAGGUGUUGGCGGCACUGGCGGGAAGAGUUACUCCAAGCUGGCCUACCCCGACCACAGCGAGCCCAGCAGCAGCAGCGAGGGACGCCCCGUCUCGCCCGAGGAGAACUCCCUCACCCCUCUUCUGGACGAGGGUCCGUCCUCUCGAGGGUCCACCAUCCCCAGGAGAGGGCGCAGUCGCGUGAACAGCGGCCGCAGCAGCAACAGCGAGAACCGCCGCGACUCCAUGACCAGCCCCGAGGACGACCCCGACGACAAAGACGAGAACAAGAAGAGCCCGUGGCAGAAGAUUGAAGACAGGCCUCUCAUCGUCUUCCACCCGAGGAAGUGAACACUGGACCUUGAACAGACUUUUCACACGGAGGGGAAUCUUUCCACAAUCGAACAUGGAAGAAUUAGUGAUGCUUUCACAAUAAGCACAACCAUGCGUCGCUGAUCCGUUUUCAGGUUGUGGUUUCACCCUUUUGUUUGUCUAGUGAGGUGUGAGCACUCUCUGAUUUACAAUCGUUGUCUCACUGUCAGUUAAUCCCACCAGUUCCCGCUGAGGUGACCCCGUCGUAGACUGAAAUCUAUCCUCUAGAUUAUUGUGAAUCCCGUCGACCUGUCGCGUCACUGAACCAUCGUCUGAGCCAUCGCAUAUACUGACUGUGGAAAUAGCCAUUUUAUAGAGCAAGAUAUAAGAGUAAAGCACUUACGAAUGAUUUGAGAAGUGAUUGAUUUUACACUCCGACAUUUUUAUGGGGUUGGUGGAUAGUUAGGUGAAUUAGAUUUACUUCCCUCUGUCCAUUAUUGUAACUAGGAUAAGUUUUCCUUCAAGGAAAUCAGCUCCCAAAAGCCUGAAUAUGUUAGAAAACCUUAAAAUGUUAUUGAUCCUUUUCUUUCUUGAGCUCCUGUGAACGGACAAUGCAAACUAUUACAAAGUCCAACGUGCGACUUGCAUUUUGCUCCUUCAGGGAUCUACUUGAUUUCUUCUCCCACCCGCGGUGUAUGUUCUUGUGUCGUAUCUACUUAUUAGCAUCAUCUUUCAAGUCUCUUGGUGUCAAUCGAGUUAUCGCAGUGAUCUUACUGUACAAUUCUGCCAAAAGUACGCGUUUAUGCCUUUUAUCUCCUGUUGGUGAGAUUUUUUCGAGGACUUCUUUGCGAUAUCUUUUGUGUAAAUAGAUCCCCCCCCCCCCCCCCCCGAAAAAUUGGAAGACCGUUUGGUACAGAAAGGUUGCAUGCAUAUGAAUGUAUGAAGUACAAGGCACCGAACCCCCUCUCCAAUAGUUCUUUGGGCUCUUGCGUAGACAAACCCCUGAUUGCCAAGAAAGCGUCAUCCAUACGACGCAGCAAAAAUCUUUACUUGAAGAAAAUGACCUAUUUAAUAAUAAUAUUCUCACUGAGAUCUGCAGGGGUCGUCUGCAGACGGGGUCUGUACCACUUCUCUCCUGUAAGUGCCUUCUUUCACAUAGGAUGGAGUGAUAGGCAUGCAGGUCCACAGUUAGUCGUCACCUUUCUGCGCUGUGGAGGGCAGCGGGCACCAAUAAGCACACUGCAUCGUGGUAACAACACCUGUCACUCUGAGGAGCUCACCUGCCAAAACUGACAACUUUUCCAUGAGGCGAUUAACGUCCUUGUGUAUAAUCUCCAUUUCUUAUAUCUAUCCUCUUUUUCACCAAACUUGUAAAUGGUUACUAAUAUGAGAUUUUACGUGUAUACAGUGUGAUGUGCAUGUAACAUGUAGAAUAGGGUGUUUUUAAUGGAAAACCUUUUUAUUAUUAUUUGGAAAUGAUAACGAGGAUGUUUGGCACAAAAAUGUGAUGCACUGACGCAUUGAAUUGUGUUGGCUUGGUUAUACACUGACUUGUUUCCCCCCUCGAUCCAGUUCUAACAAAAUCCACUUCCGGUCGUUAAUGUUUACAACGAUAACAUACUGGCCAACGACAACACGCGCUCCCGCCGCCACGGGCAUCACCACUGCCGACGACGCUUCGACAGCGGUGAGCUCAAUUGCGUUCAUCCAGCAGAUUUGUUAUAAAAAAAAUAAAAAUAAAAAGCUCAAGUUUUUCAAAAAAAAACUUGGAAGAGGUUCGUGUUUUUCGUUUUGGUUGAUUAUGAAGUGAAAAUCUUGAAGGCUGUACAAAAGUCAUGCUGACGUCUCUGCUCCUUUUCACCAUUCGCUUGCUGUUCAUAAGCCUGUCACUCGCCUACAGGGCAAACUGAAACUGUGAUGUGAAGUCUCCGUCCCAUUUCCCCCACUUGUCCCGCCCCCUCCGUCCUUCUUCCAUCUGAAGUCAACAUCUGACCACCUUACGUUUGAAGGGCUGUUCGAAGAUCAAGGGGUAGAUAACUCCUACCUCUCGAUCUUCAGAACAAAUGGGACGCCCUGCCCUACGCGGGAACAUGCAAAGCGGCGGGGGUGAGGCCAAGUGAGGGGAAAUGGGACGGCCCCUUAGUGAAGGAUAAGACGGCCGUGAAAACCAAUCCUACUGAACUGUCGUGUCCCACUGCUGUAAAUCUUCUGGGACCAGAUGUGGAAUUACUAUGAGUUGUGCAAUUGUGGCUUUCCCUCGCUCAUUUCUUUCCUCUUUUACAAUGAGAGAUUUGUGUGUUUCUCAAAUAGAUUAUUGUGACCUUGGUGUUUGGACAGUUUCAGAGCGUUUUUAAAUUCACAGACCUGAACUAGAGACAAAGAAAACCUGGUGAUAAUGGAGGAUUGAAGUGUAAACUGUAGUUCUUCACCCUGUGCAGUAAAUCACCUGCUUCAUGAACCUGGUCAGUUGUUUGUAAACUGUAAAUUGAUUCUUUAUGUACAUGACACAAAAUAGAAAUAAAUUUGUUCCCCACGGUC